ACCUCAUUCAAGCAUCCAGCCAGGAAGACGGACAGGAGCCUUCCUCUGACUCUCCCAAGAGUUGUUUCUUGUUGACUUUACCACUAUCUACUCUUAAUUACACCCUGUCCUUCGCGGCGGGCUCUCCACUUUAGAUCGCUCCUCUAAUACUUUACCUUGAAUCACUCAACAUGCAGGUUCCAUUGUUUCGACUGCAGUGUGGUGUUAACAGCUAUGACUGGGGCAAGAUUGGCCACGAGUCGACCGCUGCGAAAUACGCAGCCACCACUGCUGUACCGAACUUCUCGAUCGAGGCAGAAAAGCCAUACGCUGAACUAUGGAUGGGAACACAUCCUUCACUUCCUUCCAAGGACCUCGAAACCCAGAGGACGUUGCUGGAUCUCGUACAAGAUAAUCUGGCCUUGAUGUCGACGGAGAUCAGCCAUCGGUACGGCGGCAAGCUUCCUUUUCUGUUCAAGGUGCUUUCAAUCCGGAAGGCACUCAGUAUUCAAGCGCAUCCGAACAAGAAGCUUGCAGAACAGCUGCAUGCUCGUGAUCCCAGAAACUACCCUGAUGAUAAUCACAAGCCCGAGAUGACGAUCGCCAUCACGCCCUUUGAAGGACUCUGUGGUUUCCGUCCGCUGGCCGAGAUCACUCAUUUCCUCCAGACUGUUAAGCCUCUCCGCGCCCUUGUUGGUGACCAGGCUGCCAGCGAAUUCGAGCAGACCGUGAAGGGGUCAGAGGAGGCGGAGGAUGAAAGCACGGUCCAAAAGAACAAGGAGGCACUCCGCAAACUCUUCACAUCGUUGAUGGAGUCUUCUCCAGAAGAUAUUGAGGCGGCUAGCAAGGACCUGAUCGCAGCGGCGGAGUCCUCCCCAGCAAGCUUUGCUGUCUCGAGCAGCAGUCCUGACAAAACCCCCAGCAAUCCAGAAGAACUCGCUGCAAUUACCGUGCGACUCAAUGGACAGUUCCCUAACGAUAUCGGUCUCUUCGUCUUCUUCUUCCUGAACUUCGUCACGCUGGAGCCGGGUGAGGCUAUGUUCCUCAAGGCCGAUGACAUCCACGCCUACAUCUCUGGCGACAUCAUCGAGUGCAUGGCCGCCUCUGACAACGUCGUCCGGGCUGGGUUCACUCCCAAGUUCAAGGACGUGAACACUCUCACCAGUAUGUUGACGUACUCUUAUGCUCCAAUCGAGGAGCAAAAGCUGGCGCCCACAGACUAUCCGUACGUGCUCCUAAAUGCACGUGCAUACUCCAGCGCAUCGUCCUCCGUCCUCUACGACCCGCCAAUCGAGGAAUUCAGCGUGGUGAAGACAGACCUGAACCGGUCAGGUGCCAAGGCCACGUUUGAUGGCAUCCCUGGCCCCAGUAUUUUCAUUUGCACCGGUGGCGAGGGAAAGAUUACGGUUGCAGACAAGACUGAAGUGGUCAAGGAGGGAUACGUCUUCUUCGUGGGCGCCACCGCAGAGUGUAUUGUCGAAAGCACUAGCGAUAACAGUGUCUUUACGACCUAUAAGGCGUUUUGCGAACUUACAGGAACAGAAGACCUUGCGAAUGGACAAUAGCCUCGGUACGAGAAGUCGAAGUGGAAUCAAGACAUAAUUUUAACUGGGUUAUAUGGCUUAAGCUCUAAAUAAUCAAUUUAUCUUAUUCUCUUCAGCCUGGCUUUAGAUGUAUCACACUAGUAAGUAUUAGAAGGCU